GCAAGUUUGCCAGAUCUGGGGCUGCAUCAUCGUUCUGCACAUCUGGAAGUGGUUUAUGGGCUCUCAUUCCUCCAGUGCGGCGUCUGGAUCCUGUGCUAUUCCUCAGCAGCAGAGAAAGGAAAGAAAACCAGUACAGCUCCAAAGAAAACUUUGAAGAGUUUGAAAAAGGAAUUGGAUCUUCAAACUGUUACUGUGCCCUGUAAGGCCCUUGUGGGGGGGACUUCAAAGGAGGAUGAUGGUCAAGGAAGCUUUGGCAAGAGUGCUUACAGCUGUUGGCUAUCUAGGAUCCAAGUAAAUAUCUCUACAGCUCUUCAGGAGAGAGGAGUAUCGAAUACUGUGCUGCUUUAAAGAGAUCACGGUUCUCAUCCAACAGGACACAUGGCUCUUUUAAAGAAAAUUAACCAGAUCCUACUGUUACUUCUUGUCUUAACUGUGUGUGCCAUUCUGUAUAACAAAGUUCACCAAGUGUCAUCUGCAUUAAAGAAUGAAGCGGUUGAUUUGGAGACUCCUGAGGAAAUGGAAGAAGAAAUCCCAGUUGUAAUCUGUGCUGCUGCGGGCAGAAUGGGUGCAGCUAUAGCAGCAAUCAGUAGCAUCUACAGCAACACAGAAGCUAAUGUUUUGUUCUACAUAGUUGGACUGAAGACUACCAUCCCGCAUAUUCGAAAAUGGAUUGAAAAUUCUAAACUGAAAGAAAUAAAAUUCAAGGUUGUGGAAUUCAACCCUAUGGUACUAAAGGGAAAAAUAAGACAAGAUGCAUCGCGUCCUGAGCUACUGCAGCCUCUGAACUUUGUGCGAUUUUAUCUUCCUUUGCUUAUCCAGAAACAUGAGAAAGUAAUAUACUUGGAUGAUGAUAUCAUUGUUCAAGGUGACAUCCAGGAACUCUACGAUACUAAGUUAGCUCCUGGACAUGCUGCAGCUUUUUCAGAUGAUUGUGAUCUGCCUUCUACACAUGAAAUGGUUAGAAGCGUAGGGAUGCAGAACACGUACAUGGGAUUCCUGGACUACAGAAAGCAAGCAAUUAGAGAUCUUGGCAUCAGCCCCAGCACCUGCUCCUUUAAUCCUGGAGUAAUUGUUGCUAACAUGACUGAAUGGAAACAUCAACGGAUUACAAAGCAGUUGGAAAAAUGGAUGCAAAGAAAUGUAGAGGAAAACCUCUACAGCAGCACCCUCGCAGGAGGUGUGGCAACCUCUCCAAUGCUGAUUGUAUUUCAUAGGAAGUAUUCCACUAUUAAUCCUAUGUGGCACAUAAGACAUCUUGGUUGGAGUCCUGAUACUCGUUACUCAGAGCAUUUUCUUCAAGAAGCUAAAUUACUUCAUUGGAAUGGGAGAUAUAAACCUUGGGACUAUCCCAGUGUUCACACCAAUCUGUGGGAAAACUGGUUUAUUCCUGACCCUUCAGGGAGGUUCAAAUUAACUCGUCCUGACAGCUGAUACCGAAGACACUUAAAUGCAUCUAUACGCUAGGUGUUGCAGUAUGUCAUAGUUGGAAAUGCAACAUGUUGUAUAAUUAUCUGAAUAAAUGACCAUCAGUUUUGUGUGCUUAUGGCUUGAGAGGGAGGCUGGAGUGACAAUGACACAGCUCAGAUUAUCCUGACUUUCAAGUGAAGUGAGGAAAUAAGUUUGACAAUGAAGUAUUUUCAUUAAACAGUUACAGAGGUCAUACUUGGUGCCAGACUGUGUUUUAAUGUAAGGUCCUUCUAAAUUAGACUCCAAUAUCUUUUGGUAGAGAAAUCUACAUAGGAAAUACUUUCACUCUUACAGAUCUGGUGUCUUUAGUUGUCCAGUACCCGUUAAACAGCCCGAUAUGAAAACUUAUGCAGCAUUUUAAUGAGCAGAGUUCUGUUGCACGAUGACUCUGUUUUGCACUCUUUGUGUAUUACAUGUCCUGUAGUGCGUUUGGAUCCCUGCUAGCAAGAUGUGAAAGCACAUUCCAAGACACUGCAAUAGAAUUCCUGAUUUUAUUGUGAAACAUUGAGAUUUAAGACAGAGUAAGAACUUCUGUAUCACUGUAACAAAAAGAGCACCAGUUCUGAGGGAAUACACGAAGAAUUGCAAUAUUGAGUGAAACGGUCAUUGUACACUUAAUUUUAUACCUAGAGAACCUAGUAGGUGACUGUUAAAGAAGAGACCUCUCCCUUCUGAUCAAACAGGAUAGCCUUACAGUAGUUAUAUCCUACUGUGCUACCUACUCAGCAGUGCUAAUUACAUGCUUCUAAUUCUGUUGAAAAAUAAAACUGAAUUGUAACAGAUCCCUGAUGCAAGAUACUUUGAGCACCUGCAGGAAAAUGUCCAUGUAAACAGCAAUACAUGAUACAGUACACUUUAAAUAACAGACAAGACAAAUCCUAUACCUUUUUGACAAUAUACUGAACAGCUUUAUGCUGAAGCUAAUAAACACCAUCAGAAUCAUAAAUCACUUUCUUGAUUUAAGACGCUCAGAAUUAAGCCACAGAAUUUGGGAAGAAAACUGUAAACAUCAUGCCUGCCUCAACAGGUUGACAGUGCGUGAUCUUAGCAAGAGCUGUUACAGCAGGAUUAGAAUCUACACUAACUAGUUACACUCAAAGCAUGACUUCUGUCACUGGCUGUGAGGAAAGGAUAAAGAUAACCACACCGGUACAGGAAUCUCUGACCAAGUGUGGAGUGUGGAGAUACUACUUGUAUCUAUUUUUCAAGUAUGUGAAGCACCUACGGUCAUAAGAUCAUCAAAACUUUAAUGUUUUGAUCAGCUUAUUGCUUUUACUUCAUCUCUUCUUCACAUGAUAAAAGAGGGAAAGAAGAUGAUGGUCAGGCACAAGCACGGAAUCCCAGCUCUUUCUCAGUCACUAAUAUUGGCCAAAAAUGUAUUGUUUAAGCAAGCUCUGUAGUUUCUACAGCUACAGUCCAUAAGAAGUUCCAUGGACUUCUUAUCCAUGGAAUAGCUGCCAUUAAACUUAAUAUUUUUCACUUUUAAGAGGAAUGAGAACACACUAUAAGGUCUUAAAAAUUAAAGAGAACUGGAUGUUAAAAAACUGCAAUCCUCCUUCACCUUGUGCUAAUUGUACCUGCUGUAAACAAUGUAGCUGUACCUUGCUUUUACAGGGAAUACAGUCUUUCCAUUCCCUGCAACCUAAUCUGUUUGAAGGGGUUUUCUCCUCUUAAAGGUCAGGUGAGGAGACUUUUCACACCCAAAAUGACCAGAGUAAAUGCCAUAGAAUUCAAGAACCACUACUGUUUCCCCCCCACCCUUUUUAAGGAAUUCGUUUCUUACACUGGAAUUUAAGAGGGAAAGAGAUGGAGUGUUAGGGACACUUUACCCGAAGACAGCUCAGCUAGAGUAUUUAGGCUCUGUCCUGUGCAACACAAAUUCUCCUCCCCAGUGUUGUGACUUGAGGUGUCUCCACACCCUUAAUUCUGACUAUGGUCCAAGCACUGAACAGGCAGAGCUCUCUUGUCCCACCCAGAAAAUACGGAGUACUCAACAGCUGCAGAGCACAACU